CCCCAAGCCCCAACAGCAAAUGAGUGGGCGCGCCACGGGGUCGCGUAAGAGACCACGCUGGAGAUAGCGGUUCCAUGGGGUUUGUAGGGUCGCUCAGUGGCUCGGAGCCGUCGUGACCCCUGCUGAACACGCCGCGGCAGCAGGAAUCCAGGCCCGGGCGCAGGCUGCCCCGGGAAUGCUUUCCUCCGGCAUAAACAUGGCUGCGGCCCUGCGAACCGCGGGCGCUGUGCUCCGCGAUCGAAUGGUGCCCGGCAGCUUGAGGGCCCGUCCGCCGUGGAGGUGCCAGUCGGGUGCAGCAGCCACAGCGGCAGCCGCCACACAAACAGCCAAACGUGCCAGAAGCCCGGAACCUCAAGUUCAACCAGGGAACAGGAAGCCGAAAACCGGAAUACUGAUGCUCAACAUGGGCGGCCCGGAAACCCUGGGAGACGUGCACGACUUCCUUCUGAGGCUCUUCCUGGACCGAGACCUAAUAACGCUCCCCAUCCAAAAUAAGCUGGCUCCAAUCAUCGCGAAACGCCGGACCCCCAAAAUCCAGGAGCAGUACCGCAGGAUCGGAGGCGGGUCCCCCAUCAGGAUGUGGACGUCCAAGCAGGGAGAAGGCAUGGUGAAGCUGCUGGACGAGAUGUCCCCGCACACAGCCCCGCACAAAUACUAUAUUGGAUUUCGGUACGUCCACCCUUUAACAGAAGAAGCGAUUGAAGAGAUGGAGAGAGACGGGCUGGAGAGGGCGAUCGCUUUCACGCAGUACCCGCAGUACAGCUGCUCCACCACAGGCAGCAGUUUAAAUGCCAUUUACAGAUACUACAAUGGAGUGGGAAAGAAGCCCAGGAUGAAGUGGAGCACGAUCGACAGGUGGCCCACACAUCCCCUCCUCAUUCAGUGCUUCUCGGACCACAUUCAGAAAGAGCUGGACCAUUUCCCGCCGGAGAAGAGAAGCGAGGUGGUCAUUCUUUUCUCUGCUCACUCACUGCCAAUGUCUGUGGUCAACAGAGGGGACCCCUACCCUCAGGAGGUGGGCGCCACUGUCCACAGAGUCAUGGAGAAGCUGGGGUACUCCAACCCCUACCGACUGGUGUGGCAGUCCAAGGUUGGUCCGAUGCCCUGGCUGGGCCCUCAGACAGACGAGACCAUCAAAGGGCUUUGUAAGAGGGGGCGGAAGAACAUCCUUUUGGUCCCGAUUGCAUUCACCAGCGAUCACAUUGAAACACUGUACGAACUGGAUAUCGAGUACUCUCAGGUCCUCGCCAGAGAGUGUGGAGUGGAAAACAUCAGAAGGGCAGAGUCUCUUAAUGGAAAUCCAUUGUUCUCUAAGGCCCUGGCCGACCUGGUGCACUCACACAUCCAGUCAAACGAGCUGUGCUCCAAGCAGUUGACUCUGAGCUGCCCGCUCUGUGUGAAUCCCGUCUGCAGGGAGACCAAAUCGUUCUUCGCCAGCCAGCAGCUGUGACUCCACCAGAGGACCCAGGGGGUGAGGCAGAUGCCGACCUCCAGGCUCCUCCGGGGCAGAGGAUGUGGAAGUGGAUGCAUUUAGAGGUCAAGGACGCGAGUUACCUUAGUAUACGCACAGCCUUUGGGCACACAUCAUGUGAUUUCUUAAGGAUCGGACUCUGAAAUCCUUAUUGAGAGUUUUCUAUUUUUAUAUGCCAAUAUAGUAAGCACUUAUAUUUUUUCUCUCCUUGGGUAAAAUUGCUCAUUUGGGAUGGCCAAUAGGCUAUUUUAAAAAUGAGUUUUAAAAAUUUAUCCUACGAAAUGCACACCUAUUUUAAAUAUGGAUUUUGGCUUUAUUGCCCGAAAAACCUCCUGCAAGGGGACAGAGAGCCCCCCUGUGCACUGUCAGUGUGAAGGGGAUCUGUUUACAAGUCUCUUGCAUAUAGUUGUUGGGUUUUUAAGUGAAUAUAGUUGAGUAAAUACAGUAUAACUUGCAAAGGAAAUGUUGCCCACCCUUUGGCAGGCCCAUGGGUCACAGGACGCUGGGGAGGCGGCGUGGAUGGUCCCUGUGGUGAGCCUGUGUGAACCUCACUUUCCUCACUACCAACCCAAGUCCGGGGCAGACCCCAGACAUGCUCUGGGACCCCCCAGGCACGCAAGGCAAAUAAACGUGUCAAAAUCCAGUGUUUGUCAUACGUCCCUGGGCAGGAGUCUGUGAGCCACAGGGAAGGGGGUCCCGCUGCUUCUCGCCUCCAAGGCCAGGGGUGCUGGGACUCCGAUGACCGAAGCCGUUGUUAAAGCUCCUGCCAGGCCCGGUGAACCUUUCCCUCUGGGAUCUUCUUUAUCUCGGGUGACUAUCUCCUUACAGUGUGUUUGUUUGAACAGUUGUUUUAUAAAGUCAUCUGUGCUUUGUAACCUUGAAUUGUUUCUUAAUUUAUAAAUUUUUAUUACAAGAAUUGCAUAACAUGUAAUAGGAAAUUUGAAAAAUAGAGAAAAGAAAAAUAACCACUCCGUAAUGCAACAACUAUUCAUCAUAUUGUCUUUCAUGUCAUUCUUUUCCUGUGGAUAUUUUAAAGGCCAUUGUAACCUUGAAUUUGAGUGGAGAGUUCUAAAAAUAUAGAAAUCAUGUAGGAUCAGAGUCUGACCUUCUAUACUUGGAUUUAAAUGGAUUAAAAAAAUCUUUGAUGGAUUCAUAAUGAAUUUAUAAUGAUUACUUUGUCUUUUUGCAUUGUCCUAAAACUUUGUUCUUCAAAAGAGCAUUUCUUUGAUUUUUUAAAAAUCCUGUUGAUAAAGUGGAAAUAUUAGAGAAGCCAUACAUCUUCUAUAUUCAGCAUUUACUAUAUUAAUAAAUGUUACGACAUCAGCAAGGUUUUAA